AUGGAGCUCCCAUUUAGCGCUACCGCCAAGUGCGAAGUUCGCGCAGUUAUUCGGUUUUUGAACGCAAAAGGAGUGAAACCUAUUGAAAUUCAUCGCCAAUUGAAAGAAGUGUAUGGCGAGUCGUGCAUGAAUGUCAAAAACGUCCGCAAGUGGUGUAAGGAGUUUGCAGAUGGGCGAACUGAAGUUCACGACGAAGAAAGAAGCGGCAGACCGUCACUUUCCGACGAGACAGCCGCGAAGGUUGAGCAAACCAUGCGUGAAGAUCGGCGGACCACUCUGGAUGAUCUCGGCAUUUUGGUUCCCGAGGUUUCCCGAAGCACCAUUCACAGGAUUUUGACGGAAAAGUUGCAAUAUCGGAAGGUGUGCACAAGAUUGGUCCCGCGAAUGCUCACGGAAGACCACCAACGGCAACGAGUUGAAUCUUCCCGCGAAUUUUUUCGUCGUUAUGCAGACGAAAAGGACAACUUUUUGGAUUCGAUUGUCACGGGCGACGAAACCUGGGCGUUCCACUACACACCUGAGACCAAACAACAAUCACGUCAGUGGCGGCGUUCCUCUUCUCCCAAGCCGCGAAAAUUCAAACAAUCACCGUCUGCCGGUAAAGUCAUGGCAACUGUGUUUUGGGAUCGAAAGGGGGUAUUGUUGGUGGACUUCAUGCCUUCUGGGACCACAAUAAACGCUGACAGGUAUUGUGAGACUCUGAAAAAACUCAGACGGGCGAUUCAGAACCGGAGAAGAGGAAUGUUGAGCAAGGGCGUAAGCAUUCUUCACGACAAUGCUAGUCCCCACGUCGCCUGUACGACCGUCGCUCUCCUGCAACAGUUUGGAUGGGACAUCAUCACCCACCCACCCUAUAGUCCGGACUUGGCACCCAGUGACUACCACCUGUUUCCUAAGCUGAAAGAACAUUCGGCCGGAACGCGCUUCAGCAACGACGUCGAGGUGAAAGAUGAGGUUCAACGCUUUGUAACGAAUAACUCGUUACGGCGUCCCCGCGCGACGCCAGCGAGACACCGCGAGGCAACUGCAGUCGCGGCCGCGAGAUGGCUACGCACGCCUCGCGGUUCUCGCCGAUAA